UUAAGAAGCAGUACAGCGAUGUUAAGUUAGCUCAUUUAUCCGAUGAUUUAACCAUAUUUCGCCAACAAUGUCUAAAAGGACAGAAAAGGAGAAAAAGGGGAAAGCAAAUACUAAGGAAGAGACCUCGAAAAAUACAGGACCAACUCCAAAUGAAAAAUUGCCUGUUGAGAUCUUUGAUGAAUAUCAGUGCUCGGGCAAUGUGGAGAUUGACUUUGCUGGACUUUGUGCUCUUCUGGACAUAAAGGAUAUCCCCGCUGUCAUCACCAAGCAACCAGCCUCCUCCACUUCUGAAACUGAAGGAGAGCAUACAGGUCAUGGCCAGUCACAGACAAAUGCUGCACCUUCCUGGUGGUCUAAGCGAUGCCUCCAAGUAGAGCUGGAGAAUGAAGACCCCCUCAGCGCCAAGCACCUGAAGAUUUUCGGAUGGAAGGUAGAUGAACAGAUUGCCAGAGUGCUACACAAGAUGCUUCCCUCAUUGAACAAGCUACAGCACCUUCAGUUUUGGCAGGCGGGUCUGUCAGAUCGAAUGAUAAUCUCCUUCAUGAACACAAUAUCACUGUGCUCAAACCUCAGGACUGUGACACUGCAGGGCAACCCUCUUCCAGAGCAGAGCUACCACCUUCUUCUCUCUGAAGACAGUGUCCUCACUCACUUGUACCUGAAUAAUAACCGGAUAGGAGACGAGGGUGCUCGCCUAAUUGGGUUAGCUCUCUCUACAACCAGAUCUGCUAAUAAAAACCUGUUGGCACUCAAUCUGGCCUUUAAUUCUAUUGGCAAUGCAGGUGCUGCACAUAUUGCACAGGGCCUGCGGUUCAAUCGUUCUUUGCGCUUUCUCUCACUGUGCAACAAUCAGAUUGGAGACGCAGGAGCUGCUCAUCUGGCUGCGAUACUUGGUGAGUUUGCUCUCACUCAUGAAGAAGUUGUGGAGAGGAGGAAGCUGCUUCUGAAAAGAACGCUCUCCGUAAGUGCUGAUGCUGACCAGCGUGCUGAUCAACUUCCCUUAGUAGCCAGCAGCAGUUCACUGGGCAUCAGCAAAGGGGAGAUCAAAGACAAAAAACAGAAAGCACCCAAAAAGGACAAAGAUAACCCAGAGUCUAACAAGAAAUUCAACAGUGAAGACGGCCAGCAGGGGGGAAAAGAGAAGCAACUAUCUGCACAAGAGGAUAAAUCAAGUACUUCCUUGAAUGAGCAGGGACAGUUGGUGAAGAUAGUGAACCCCCUGCUGGACGAGCCGGUGCAGUACAGGGACGGCGAGCUUUUUCUGCCUGGAAACACGACUCUCGCCUCCCUCAACCUAGCAGGAAACAGGAUUACCGAGAAGUUACUGCCUCUUCUCCUGACGACAAUACAGGCGCAGGGUGAGGGUGGAACCUUGCUGCAUCUCUGUCUGCAGAGAAACCGCUUCCCUCCAGAGUGUGAGUGUUACGUAAAGAUAACAGAAGUGAUGGCACCCAGACAUCCACUCAGAAAAAAACUCUGAGCAGAGAGUAGGUACAG